CUAGGCAUCAGUCGUCUGUUUUACAACUAGCAGAAAGCUCAAAGCGUUUAAAGUUGUUUGAGGAUAAAGUUUGUGUGUAUGUAGGAAUGUAUAUGUUACAGUGGUUAUAUUUAUGUAAAAAUGGUCACAGACGAAUUACACGGCAAAAAAUAGUAUCAACGGGAACAAAUGCGAUGUGUCAAGCUUAAUUUCUGCGCUACCAUAUAUCUAUUUAUUAAACAAAUUUAUGAAAUUCAUGUUAGGAGCCAGGGUAACCACAAAGUACGAAUUUACAGCACGCGUGUAAAUGAUUGAAGAACGGCAACACACUGUAGUGUCAUACCUGGAAUAAUGCGUAUAGUUCCGUGAUUAUAGUAUGCUUCAUCUUUUGGGAUAAGUCACAUUAAAUAAUGAAGCUUUCUUCUCAACAUCGAGCUUUAUAUUGCUAUUUAAUCCUCAGUGUAUGGAUAUUUCUUUUAGUUGCCGGAAUGUAUAAAUACAUUGGAAAUGAAGAUGGUAUAUCUGCCUUGAAGCAUACAGAUAAUGAUAUUCCCAUGAGAAGCUUUUCAAAAAAUUUGAAACCAGAUAUUAAGACAAGGCGAAUAUUUAAGCUGUGCAACCCUCCAGAAGAAAUUGCCAUUGGAAAUGAAGGUCUAGUUCAUGGAAACUAUACUCUGGAAGGAAUAUUAAUAUUCCUGCGACAUGGUGACCGAGGACCACUUGCCCACGUUAGAAACAUCUCUACUGUCAACUGUGCAGGCGAUCUUUUAAACUCAGAUAAUUUUGAAUCUGAUAUAAAUUUUCGUUCAUAUGAAUAUUUUCUUCAAAAUCUAUCAGCACCAGGUAAAUUGUCCAGUUUUCUUUCCCAGUUUUUGGGUCCUUUUCAUGGUUUCCCUUUGAUACCUCCAAGUUCAGGAGAAUGUCAGCUGGGGCAGUUGACACCUGUCGGUGUUUCUCAGCAUCUUAAAACAGGUCAGAUUUUGAGAGUUGCUUAUGGGGAUAAGUUAGGUGUUGGAAAUGGCUCCCUUUCAGCUGACGAUAUAUCUGUAUAUAGCACACGAUAUAGACGGACAUUCCAGAGUGCUUUGUCAUUUCUUUAUGCCUUCCUUUCUUCAGAGGAUUUUCAGAAGGUAACAUUACGUGAAAGCCAGAGUAUAGCCUUCUGCUUUAAUGACUGUGCUUGUCCAGCAGCUGAGAAAUUCAGGCACCAGUUCUCUGCAGAGAGUUCAGAGCAUUUCCGAUCGCAUCCAGCUGUUGUGAAGCUUGUAAACACUGUUGCUGAAAUUGUUUUUGAAAUGCCAGAUCCCACUGUCACUUCUGACCCUAUUGCACUGAGAGAUGCUCUGUUAACUUAUGUCUGCCAUGGGGCCCAGCUACCAUGUGUUGACGGGUUAUCAGUAAACAAAUUACAAGAAAUUUGUGUCCGUAUGGAGCAGGUCACUGGAUUGUUUGCCUACACUGAAUGGGAAGCUCGUCAGUAUGUGAAGAGCAGCAAUCUGAAACGGUACUGUUUGCUCAGAGCGUAUGGGCUUAUGCGUGACAUUGUCUCUCACAUGCUUCGCAUCAUGUCUGAGGGAAAACCAAAACUUGUUUUAUAUUCUGGCCAUGACAGAACCCUUCAGUACCUGGCCAUUGCUCUUGGUGUUGUAUCAGAGGUAACAAUGGUUCCUCACUACGCCUCUCGCCUUGUUCUUGAGGUGUAUAAGAACAGGGAGCUCCAGCUCACCUCCAGCCAACCCAAAGAUGGCCCAAUUGCGAGGGAUUUCUUCUUUCGUCUUGUUUUCAAUGGUAGAGAUCUCACAAAUCAUAUUCAUUUCUGUAAAGGUGCAACCAUUAUUUUGAUGCAUCAGUUGAAUAAGUGUAAUGUCACUGAAAUCCCUCACAAUGCCACAAAUUCACAGUCAUGGACCAAAAAGCAGUCACCUGUUUAUCUUUGCCCAAUUGAGUCCAUCAUUCGUUUUCUGCAUGAUGACUACUUCCUUAGCUUUAAUGCAUCCAAUUUCAAAGAUGCAUGUGCAAUUCACAAUUGAAAACUUGACUGUAAAUACAGGAAACUACCAAAUAUCCCAAAUCCAAGCAUCCAGAAUUCUCAUUCAACCAGCAAAGAUCUCAGAGAAAAUUUACCAUCGUUAUUUGAUUAUUCAAAAACAAAUUUAUAAUGAAAAUAUGUCUACUUUCCACAUGAUAUUUCUCCCAGCCACGGCUAGCACCAUUACCUAUCGUAUUACAGUAUAUGUAUGUAAAAUCUUUUACCCAUCAAUUUGCUGUGUGACCUAGGAACACUCCCAUGCCAGAAGUAAAUGAGAAAUCUGUUGUUUUGACCUUGUAUUGGGUGUCUGUAAGAGUUUCUCUCAUGCUACAAGAAGAUUCAUGUAUCCAUCAGUUCCCAUCCCCCAAUACAUGUUGGAUAAUGGAGAGUUUACUUUAUGUGGUUCAUAGUUGUGGUAUUUUAGACUUCUGUCAUCUGUGUCUUUUUUUUUUAAUUAUGUGAUUCAUAUUAAGCUGUAUGUUUUUUAGCAUUAAAAAGUUUAUAACUAAUUAUUUUUUAGUGAAUGUGAUGUAUACAUUGAGCUAAGUUUUCAUCAUGAUUACUCGUACUUUCUGUGUACAUUGUGUCCAUCUAUUAGUGUAUGCAAUGUAUUCGUUUGUUGACAAACUUGAAAUGGAAGAUGCAAUUUCUUCAUUAUUCAUAAUUCUACUUUACUAUUCCUGUAAUGUUUAUCCAUUUAACGCACAACUUGAAAGUAAUUACAAUGGAGUUUAUCUAACUGGCAGGUUGUAGCCAUGACCUUCGAACUCUGCAACCCUUUAAAACUAUCUUAUGUGUAUUUUAAUAGAUUUGCUCAUAAUGUAAAUGCAAUAAAAUGUUAUAGUAAUAUUACUGACUGAGUAAUUUUGGUCUGUGCAAUGAUAUUUCAGUAUUAUAAAAAAAGAAUGGUUGUGUUUCCUAUAAUUUUUCUACAGUAAUUUAUUUAUUUAAUUUAUUUUGUAUGUCAUUAUAAUAUUUCCUCAUAUUGAGGUGUUUAAAGCUUCUCAGAAAUAUUAUAGCAGCCAUUGUCUGUAAAAGUUUAAGUAUAUAAAAGGCAGAACUGUUUUUUUUAAACUGCUUUGUCCCCAUAACUGUCACUUCCAUCUGGUGUGGACUUCCCCAGAAAUGGCCUUGAGGAAUGUCUUGAGGUGACAAACAACUGAGCAGAAAGGAUUGAGGUUUAUUUAUGACUUGUGUCAGGUUUGCUUAUAGUUAGCUGGUGUGUUCAACGUCAACUGUUUCUGACAAUACUCUCACCAUUCUGGCUGACAUUUUCUUCCAUAAUAAUAUAUAUAGUUGAGCUGCAUCUUUUGAGCAGGUGUUUGUGUACUUGUGUGAGAUUUUUCCACUGCUGACAAAGCAGGAUAAUACAAUAAAUUUUGAAAAACAAGAGGAAAAGGAAAUGUGUUCUAACACAGCAUUCCACAAUAUUUUUAAGGUUAUGACCAAUAGCAUAUCUAGAGUUAAAUUUGGUGGAGGUGAAGUGUGGAAAGACAGUUAGCAAACCUUAAUCUAAAUUUACAAAUAAAUUAUGCUCUUGAGAUGUAUGUUAUUCUUCCCUUCACAAAAUAUUUCAUACUCAGAUUUUCUAUAAAACAUUUAUUUUCUUAUCAUCUUAAAAUUUCAGUGAGGAUUUGAAUCUUAAAUGUGUCCCUCCAUUCUAAAUUUGACUCUGAUCAUGGGCACAUUAAAUUAGCAAAAUAUACUUAGAGGCUUACCUUAGAUUGUAAGGAAGGGCUGCGCCAUAGCUCAAGCGGUUAGUUGCUGGCUUCCCACCAUGGUGGCCCAGGUUCGAUCCCG